UUCUUCAAAAUUUCUAAAAGGAAACGAAAAGAGAAUAUUUCCUAACUCUUUCUGUAAAGUCAGCAUAAUUAUUUAUACAGAAAGCAAAUAAACACAUUAAAAGAAAGGAAAACAACAGAUCAGUAUCUCUCAUGAACAGACAACAUCCUCUACAAAGCAACAGCAAAUUGAAUAAAAAUGUACAAAAGAACUGCAACAUGAACAAGUGGGCUUUAGUCCAAGUAUUUAAGGAUGGUUCAACAGUUAAAACUCAAUAAAUUUAAUACGCAUGUUAAUAUGCUAAGAAAACAAAACAUUAUCAUGUCAACAGAAAAGAAAUUUGACAAAAUCUAAUACCCAUCAAUGGUACAAAUGCUGUGCAAAUAAAGUAGAAUUUUCUCAACUCGAUUAAAAAAAAAAACUUAUAAAGAAACCUACUGCUAAUGUCAUAGUUCAUGGUUAAAGAAGAAUGCUUUUCCCUUUUGGAUCAGGAAUAAGACAAAAAUGUCCACUCUUACUACUCUCUUCCACAUUGAAUUGUAUGUAUUAGCUCGUGCAAGAAUAUAAGGACAGAAAAGUUACACAAAUUUUAAAAAAAUUAUUUUCUUUAUCAGAUGGCAUGAUCGCUAUGUAGACCUCUCCAUAAAAGUAUAAACAUAAAUUAUUCCUGGAACUAAGUAGUAAGUGCAGCAAAUUUUCAGUAGUCAAUGUUAAUACAAAAACAUCAGUUAUUUUCCUAUGUACUAUCAAUGAACAAUUGAAAUUUAACAUUUAUAAGUACCACUCACAAUAGCACCAAAACAAUAAACAUUUUUAGACGUAAAUCUAACAUACAUGAAAUAUCUAUUUGGAAAACUAUAAACUGAAAAUAUGAAAGAAAUCAUAUAUCUUAAAAACAGAUAGUCUAUGUUCACGGGUUGGAAGACUCAUGAUGGUUUAGGUGUCAGUUCUUUCCGACUUAUCUGUAGUGUGCACUCUCAAACAAAUGACUUGAAACUAUUUUGUAGGCAAUGGCCAACUGAUUUUAAGUAUAGAGAAAGGCAAAACCCAGGAGCAGUCAACACAAUGUGUAAAGGAACACCUGUGGAGGAAUACCUGUGAGGAGGUGCACAAAGAGCAGACACAGACACAGGAUAUGAGCAGACAGACAGGAUGGAGGGGCGGUGGAGGGAGUGAAGUGAUGUGGUGAAGAAGUAUAGAAGUGAAGUGUUUGCUCCUCCCUCCUGCUGAGUUUUAUUAACUCAUAAAAGGUUACAUAUUACCCAUCACACCUGACUACACUCUAAUCAGUAUUCCUUUAACUCUGAGUGCUAGCUAACUAAGAUAAGGUCCCAGUUAAUACAAACACAGAGCCUCUCAAACCCAAGGAUGUUGCUAUGGAAACCAGGUAGUUAUCUUAAUAGCCUCAGGAGAAAACUGCUGGGUAUUUCAAUCAUGGGAAUCAGGCUGCCAGUAAACCCCAGGGAGUUUGCUCACUGGGGGAACGGUUCCCUAUUUCCAUGGUCAGAAUACCUACAACAAUGCUGAGGAAGAAGAACAAAGUUGGAGGAUUCAUACUAUGUAAUUUCAAGACUUAUUCUAAGCUAAAGUAUACAAAAUAGCAUGGUAUUGAGGUAGAAUAGAAGAAAUAAGAAAAGGUAGAAAGGAGACGUUCCUUUCUCAGAAAUUUCUCAGAACUCUCUAAAUGUACCCGUCCACUGUUAAUUAACCUCCUAAUAAUUAGAUGAAACAACAACAACAACAAAAAAAGAGAUGAUGUAAUGAGAGACCUAUAAUUUAUGGGAAUUUCUGGUGCUGUCUGUGGAUCAGAUAACAAAGACCUUGUCAGUCUAACAUUCCAGAGAUUGACUGAAACCACCAGAAACUGUCUUUGAGAUUGUUGGACUGAUAACAUUCCUACAUACUUUUCCAUACACAACCCUCACCAAAUGUUCUUUAAAAGAAGAGCUGGGUACCCCCAAAAUACUUCUCUCAGUCUCAAAGUGGCCCACAUUCUCUGCUGAAUGAGCAUUCCUUGCUUCACUCUCAAAGACAUCUCUCUCUUUACACUGCCCCAAUUUUCUCUUGAAUUUUUAUCUUCUUUCCUAAGUAACCCUCAGUCUAUGCCUCUGACAGGUGAAUGUUGAAAUUCUUUACUGUCACAUAUACAAAGAAUCCCACUGGUCCUGAGUGGAGUUCCCUCCUCUCUCUCAGAACUCCUUGGACACUUCUUUGGAGACAAGUCUUCUUCUGUUAUCAGUGAACAAACAGAUACACAACUCAACAGAACAGAAUAGGAACACCUUCAUUGAAAUAGUAAACUCAUUUUUGAGAAAGGGCAAAAGGUGAACUUGUAGGAAAAGGAGUUAUUUUCUAACUAUUCAUCUGUCAUUUAUUUCAUAUAUAUGUUUAUGUAUAUGUGGCAAAUGGUACCAGGAAACCUGUAUAUCCACUUGCAAAAAACAAACAGAAAAGAACCCAGAUGCAAAUUUUAUAUCGCAAGCAAUUUUUAAUUCAAGCAAUCAUAGAACCAAGUAUAAAAUGAAAAAAAUCUAUAAAACUUCUGGAACAAAACAGGAAUAUAAUCUACAUGACCUUUAUUUAGUGAGGAGUUUUUAGACACAACACCAAAAGUACAAUCCAUGAACAUAAGAUGGAUUUUAUUUAAAUUUAAAAAUUCUGGGGUGCAAAAGAUAUAUUUGAAAGAAUAAAAACAUAAAUUACAAACUAGUAGAAAAUAGUUGUGAAAUACAUACCAUCUGAUAACAAAAAAAGUUCUUAAAAUAUGUAGAGAACAUCUACCUUCUGAUGAUAAGAAAACAAAAAACCCAAAUAGAAAUUGAAUAAAAGAUCUGAACAGACACUUUAUCAAAGAAGAUAGAUGAACAAUUAGCACAUGAAAAAAAAUGUUCCACAUCAUUUUUCAUUAGAGAAAUGAGAAUGAAAACAACUCAGAGAUACCACUAGGACCUUUUUAGAAUGCUAACAUUCAAAAUGCUGUCAACACCCAUUGCUGAUGAGAAGAGGGAGAGACAAAGCCUCAAUCAUUGUUAGUGGGAAGCAAAACGACACAGGGACUUUGAAAGACAGCUUUGCAGUUCCUUACAAAGAUAAACAGAGUCCAUCAUAUGACCAUGUAGCCAAAAUUCUAGGCAUUUACCCAACAUAUUUGAGAAUUUAAAUCAAUACAAAAGCCUACAUAUGAGUGUUUAUUGUACCUUUACUUAUAAUUGCCCCAAACUAAAAAAUAGCUAAGAUGUCCUUCAAUGAGUGAAUAAAUAAGCAAGCUGCAUAUGUUCCUAUGAUGAAUUCAGCAAUAAAAGAACAUGAGCUAUCAAACUAUAAAAGCAUAUUUAUAAAUUUUAAAUGUGUAUGGCAUAUUGAAAGAAACCAGUCUGAAAAGGCUUUAUAAUGCAUGAGUCCAUACAUUAUCUGGAUAGGGUCUAAUGUAGAGAUGCCAAAUAUAUCAAGAGUUACCAGCAUUUAGGAGAGGUAUAGAGUUGAAAGAUGAAGAACUUGGAGGUUUUUUGAGCAUGUAUGAUAUAAUUAUGGUAUGAUAUCUUUGAAAACUCAUAAGACUUUAUGACAGAAAGAAUGAACAUUAAUUCAUGCAAAUUUAAAAAUCAGUUUGGGGGUUGAGAAUUCUAGGAUGAUAUUCAGAAAGUGCCAAAAGACUUUAACUUCAUUACAAAUGCAUAAGCAGCCUCACUGAAGGUGAGGCUGUUGCUGAUCUAAGUAACUUAGAAAUGAGUAGAAACUGUAGGACAAAAGGAAUUGUGCAUAUUAAGCACUAUGAUCUAGUUGAUAAAUAGUUUCUUAUGAGGUUUGGGGAAACCAUUCCCAAGCCAUUAAAUAUGUAUGUUGAAAUCAAAAAAUUAAGCAAAUUAAGUAUGAUGGUAAUAGUCCUGCUGAUUUUUUAUUAUUGGAGUGGGAGGUUAUAGAAUUGUGAGGCAAGAGGCUAGAAGUAUUCAUGUGCAUUGGAAUUGUAGACAACUGUGUGAACUGAACUCAUGAAGUCAACUGAUAGAGCUCCCAAUGGCCAAAGAUAGAAAAAUGUGGGCAUCAAAAAAAGUAGUACUGAUUAGAAUUAUAAAAUCAAUAUAAGUAGAUAUAUACUAAAAUAAAGGAGUAAGUAAAUAGAAAAGUAGGUAAAUAUUCCCAGGAGAAUUCUGAAAAUGUCUUCACAGUGUCUAUAUACAACCCAAUCCUUUCCUUGCGAUGCAUAUAUUGGGCUUCUUCCAAAGAGUACAAUUUGGAAAUGGGGAGGGGGAGAAUAACUUUACACUAAAUAAACCUUUAAACCCUAUCUCAGCCAGUUGAUUAACAUAAACAGUGAGAACCCAUAUUGAUAAUAUAUACCCUCAAUAAGGUGAUGAGACUGACAAUUUAUCUCAGCAUUCUUCUUCCAAAAAUCUAUAACCCAUGUAUAAUAAUGAAAAGAACAGCAGACUAUUCAAAUUUGGGAAUAUUCUACAAAAUAUUUGACCAUUAUUUUUUCAAAACUUUCAAAGUCAUCAAAAAUAAAGAGUAAUAAACAUUACAACUAAGGAUAUGAAUAUAAGAACUAAAUGUAUUGUGGUAUUCUAUAUGGGAUCCUUAAAGAAAAGAUAUUAGGUAAAAACUGAGAAUCUUUCAAUAUAGACUUUAAUUAAUAGUAAUGUGUCAAUAUUGAUUCAAUAAUUUUGGUAUAUGUAUCAUAUUAACCUAAUGAGAAUUUUUUGUAUUAUCUUUAUAAUUUUGCUACAAAUACAGAACUAUGAUAAAAAAGCAUUUCAUGUAUGAAGGAGAGGUCCCUUCCCUUUUUAAACCAUAUCCUCUGUGGUUUUAGAGUGGUAAGCUUUGUUUCAACAAGACAUUUUGUAGGCACUGAUUGCUUUUGGCAAAUAAUGUCUCUAUUUCCACCUCAUUCAAAAAUGGAUUUUUCUAUUUAUGGAAUGGUUGGACAAAACACAGAAAGAUCUAUAUUUCAGAAGCCAAGAAAACAUUCCCAUCAUUGUCAUCACAAGUGGACAUAUAAAGAUUACCCAGAGUGUCCAAAGUGGCAUCAGACUGCUCUGAGACUGAUGGGCAUUGUACUUGUUAUACUGGUGACCACAGUGAUAGGACUAAUCAUUCGGGUAAGUCAUCAAAACAUGCAUUCCUUCAGUGAUAACCACAGUGAGCAGAUAUUUAGUAAUGAAAAUGGAACCAAAUAUUGCAAUUGUAUGAAUACUUCUCCUAGAAAACAGCUGAACAAUGCAAACUCCGCAGCAAACUUAUGCCCUGAUGAUUGGCUACACAAAAAAGGGAAAUGUUAUAAAUUUUUCAUGAAUUUCAAAUCAUGGAUCGAUAGCCAAAACUCAUGUUCUCUGAAAAAGUCACAUCUCUUGGUGAUACAAGACAAGGCAGAGCUGGAAUUCAUACAGAGUAAUAUACAAGUUGGAAACCACUUUUGGAUUGGGUUAAACAUUACAUACCCACAGAAGACAUGGACCUGGGUGGAUGGCACACCAUUAAAUCUACAGUUAUUUCAAGUCACAGGCCAGAUUAAAGAGAAUGCCUGUGCUCUGAUAACAAAUAAGGGUGUUUUUUCUGAAAAGUGUUUGAUGGAAAGUUUCUGGAUUUGUCAAGAAGUGAUUUCUUCAUCCAAAGCAGGCAAUCUCUGAAUUGAUCAUAGGUCACCAGUUAAAUGUCAUUUGGAGGAAAUACUUCCUUGAACAACUGAUGUUAUGGAGUGGAUGUAGCCAGCAUGUGUGUGAUAGAGGACUCAGGCAGAAUUCUGAGGAACAUCAGUAUGUAAGAGGACAGAAGAGGAAGCAGAGGCUGCAGAGUAAAUUGCAUAGGUUUCAUAUAUAUUUUUACAGCUCCUUGCACAUACCUAAUUUUAACAGUCAACAUCCUAAUCAUUUUGGUUCUUUCUUGUUUAGUUGUUCAUAUUUCUUAAUGUGUCAUAAGCUUUUUAGACUCACUAAUCCUCAUCAUUGUGUGGAGCAAGGUACCUGAUGUAUAAUACUUGAAUAAAUACCUGUGGUGUCCAGCAUGUAUUUAAUAUGUUCUAAGACUCAUCCCAGAACAACUUCUAUUGGUUAUGCACAUAUUUGAGUACUGUCCACUUUCACAUAGGGAAAUAAACUGUUUUUUUUUGUUUUUGUUUUUUAAGUAAGGGUUAAUGCUAAGUUUAAAUGGACUAAUAAAAUAAAAAUUUCUAGGUUA